GUCCAGGAUUCACAAUAGUGGGAGCACUUCAUGUCUAGUAGAGACCGUUUCCCCCGUGAGCCAAGUUUGAUUUAAUCUAGUGAUAAAACAUUUGUUUCUUAAUAGUGAGCCUAUCUACAUGGAAGCUAUUAUUGAAAAUAACAAAACUUUGUUGAUUGUGAUAUUUUGAACAAAAAUCCACACAAAAAGUACCAACAAAAAAAAAUGCCGAUCGACCUGGUUGACCUUGAGCAGAUCGUGAAAGAGUACGCAGAAGACUUUCUGGAUAGCGAUCAAAAGAAACAUGCAGACCUAGCCAAUCCAAUCAUCUGUUGGGACCGGAUGCACGUGAUAUAUGGUGAGACCAAGUAUACUUUGCCAGAAGUUCCUCCAAAGCCUACUGCGCAUGUCCUGUUCUGUGCCAAAUUCACCAACAACACACCCAAUCAACAGACGUACACUCUGAAGACAGAGCGCAGGACGAGGUCAACUUGUGAGAUUAGUUUUGUCAAGUCGUAUACCUACGGAGUCCAGAUCCAGAUGAAGCUGGCGCCCCCAAAUCCCAUCGUAGAGGCAAAUGCCGGUUUCAUGUCAGAGAUCAGCAAACAAAAGGGUUACAGUUCUACGUCUGAGCAAGAACUAGCCUGGGGAGUGGACAGUGAGAUUGUUGUCCCAAGUGGAUAUCAAACCACAGCAGAAUUGGUUUUUAAAGAGGAUGACUUUAGAGGAGAUUUUGAGAUCCUUACGACAUUUGAGGGGAAGAUUUCAGUAUCCUAUGAACACAAGAAAACCAAAGAACUCAUUGGAACUGUGGUGGAUAAAGUGGCCCGUAUUUUCAACCCUAAGAGUGGAUUCUCCAAGGACAAUGAAGGGAGACCAACAUUCUUAGUGAAAGGUGUCUGCAAGUGUAAGUUUGGAGUUGAGCAGAGCGUGAACUUGACAGAAACACGAUUAUGUCAAUGAAUGUACUAGGAAUGAACAAAUUGGACAUUAACAUUUGUAUACAAUUAUUCCAGCUGGUCUUUAAAAUAUGUAUGCAGUGUGCUAAAUUGUUUACCAGUUUAUUUUUUAGUUCAGCAUUUAAUUUUGAAAAAAAAAAUUAAUAUUUAUAUUAACCUUGCUAUCAUAUAGGUUAUGAAAAGUAAACUAAACUUCUAGAAUUUUAAAUUAACCUAUAAAAAGGUUUCACUAAUAUUGUAAGUUAAUAGAAAUAUAAAAUCAUGAGAUUUGUUUUAACUACAAAAUAUACAAAUCUUUUUUGAAGAAAGCUAAGCCAGACAUACUUUCAUUUUAGAUUUCUGCUGCCUAUCUGCAGCUGUAUAGAGUAAUAUAAUUAGCAUUAUUCACUAAGUCAUGUCUUAUGCAAGUGAAACAGAAUAAGUACUUGCAAUAACUUUAAUUAUGAUAGCCAUUACCUACUGAGGCUAUGUCGCUGUUCUAUUUAUGUUCAAUGCUGAGCAUUUAGGCUAUAUUGUAGCAUUUUGUACUGUGGUGUAAAUAUUUGAACUCAUUUAUUUAUUUAUUUUUUAUUUUAUUAGUGUGUAAAAGAAUGUACAGCAUUUGCUUUUUUUUAAAAAAAAAUUUGACAAAAUUAAAGAAAUAAAAUUUCAUUAUUUAUAACCAUUAUUAUUAUUAUUAUUAUAGCUUUUAUAUAGCGCUACUUUCAUGCUUAUAGCAUGCUCAGAGCGCUUUGGUGGUCCAAUUUCAUUUGUGGACCAGUGGGGGGGAGGGGGUAUCUAGGAGUUGGUUUUCCGUGCUUUAGGCGCUCAGUAAACGCAACUCGGGUGUCGAACCUCGAGCCCCCUUCUAGGUAGCCAAGACAAGCCAAGCUCAAGCGCACUUGCCUCUCGACCAUGCUUGCCAUUUAGAUGAUGAUUUUUUUAAAAUUACACUUUUCUCAAAUGUCUUUUUAUCGUUGACAAAAGUGUCAGACAAUCUUAUCUAUCAACAUUGCUACAAACAAAUAUAUAUUUAAUAAAAGUUUUAGAGACAGUAUGUGGAAAUAUUGUAUUAAAUUUUACCAACUUAGCCACUUUUUUUUAUAAAUUAAUGAAACAAUAGUAGUCUGAAGGGUUCAGAAUAAUGUAGGCUUGGUCAACUAUAUACUUAUUGUUUAGAAAUAAUCAGUCUAAAAAAAUGAAUUUAAGAUCACUAUCAAAACUUCUCUAAACAAUUAUCUUUAUUUUUUAACCAUCUUUAAAAUAAAAUCUAAGAAAUUAUCAGACAGGUCUACAAACAAGAUCAGCAAAAAAAAACAACAACAAAAAAACAACAACAAAUUAUAAAAUUGAAAUUAUUUAGGUCCAAUCAAGAAAAUUGAGAUCACAUUUUAUAAUCAAAGCCACUUAGUUUUUAAUUACCGGGAGAGUAAGAAAACUAAACAAAAAACAAUUGCAUAGACCUGCUGUUAUAUCAUCUAACAUUAAAAGCAGAAAUUGAUCUGACAUCUGAAUGACAUCAUUAAUAAUCAUCAGCAACAUUGCACAGUUUUUUUUUCUAGGACAUUCAACUAAAAAUGAUAUGGAUAUAAAACAACACUAAAGCAGUCAUGAAUUUAAACUUCUCCAUUGUCUCAAAAUUAAAUAUUUUUUUUGAAGCAUGAGAUAUCAAAUGAUGAAAACUUAAGAAAUUUUUGUUAUUAAAACCCUUUAAAAAAUGAAUGUAAGAAUUUGUAUAUUUUCAAUAAAUUGGAAUUUUUUCCAAAAUAAAAUAUAACUGUUAAGAAGUUACAAAACAAAAUUUCAUAACUUCAUGUCUGCAUUACUAUAACAAGUAAAAGUACUCCAAAAAAACAAAAACAACAAAGCUUAAAAAAGAAAAAAAACUGCACAUUUACAACCACAUAUCUUAAUACUGAAAGAUUUAUUUCACCUUUUCUAUAGAAAAAAAAAAUUAAUUAAUUACCACUAAUUAAUUGGUUCAUUUUGUUGUUGGAUGAUGUGUUGCUAGGGACAAUGAAUAAUUGUGCAAAGUUUCAACUUGAUCUGAGAAUGGGAAUGAGAGAAAUGUGUACAAAGUUUCAACUUGAUCUGAGAAUGGGAAUGAGAGAAAUGUGUACAAAGUUUGUACAAGGCAGACAGAGUAAAUUUUUAUAAGCUUUGUAAUAAAAAUACAUCCAGAUAUACGCAGGUAUAUAAAAAACAUAAAAUUUCUAAAGCAUAAUUUACUCAAUAAACAUAUGGCACAUUGUUUAAAGUCUCAGUAAAUUAGAAAAGUUAAGUCACUAUUUUUUUUUAAAGAUAAUACAAGAAUAACAAAAAGAAAGACUUCCCUAACUCCAAUAUAAGGAUCACAAUAAAAUCUCAUUAACAUUAAAAACAAAAGAAAAAACGUAUAAAUGUAGACAACAUAUAUAAGCUAAAACUAUAAAACCAUCCACCCAGUGAAGAUCACAAUAAUGGCAACUAGAUCUAUAUGACAAGAAAAUAAAAUAAUU